AACGCACUUGACGCACAGCCGUACCACACUGCCUCUGACUGUCUGCCUUCAUCCUCAAAAAGCAUCAACGUAGCAACGCAUUCCAGCGUCGCUUAUCAGUAGUCGCGUUCGUUCACUUCAUCUCGCGAGUCGCACUGAUAGAACGUACGCGCCCAUUUCGGCGAAGAAAGCCGACGUGUACGAUCGCAUUUCUCUGCCCGUCGGGAUUAGCAGUGAUCAAACAAAACGCCAAAUAAAACAGCCAAAGAUCCAGUGAAGAAAAAAAAAGAGAAAGAAGGAAAAAACCGUCCGGAAAAUACGGCAGCACAAUUUUCACUUCGCCAAGGCAAACAAAGUUAUCUCGAUUAUAGUGAUUAUAGCAGCCAGUUUCCUAACAGCAGCCGACCGAAGGCCUUGUGGAAAUGAAUCGAUUUCAUGUGCUGAUUGCGACCGGUUGGGACACCUCCAACAUGGCCGUUUGCGAUGGUGGCAAGUUGUGUGCCUACUAGGUGCUUUUAAUUGGUGUUGAUGCUGGCAAACCAGCCUGCCAGCAAGGAUAACUGGCCGGGUGGAAAUUCUUCCCACGCUAAGGGAGCGAACGCUAUUAUCUUCUUCAGAAUUCGAAAAACCUUUAUUUUUCCUGCACUCAGUUUUCGGGGUGCCGUUUUGUCCCGCGUUAGCAAUUGUGGUGCUCGAGCGUACCGGUAGCGUUUCAACGUGGAAGUGGUUUAUUAAUUCGCAAAUCCUGUCGGUGCAGUUGUUGCUUUAGUAUCUCGUUACCGUUUUCUUCUACCUUAGCCCACAAACUACGGUACGUCUUUCUUGCAAAACGAAAUAUUAACCAUGGUUUGUGUCGCGAGUGAACGUACGAUCCGAAGGACAGUUCCAACGGUGCCUGUAUGGCCACUGAUAGCGUUGAUGGUGAUGGCCGAACUAGGCCAAAUAUUUGGCUACCACAUCCGGCACAUCGAGGAGGAACCGAGCCACCAGCUGCAGCAGGAUCUGAUGGACUUUAUCGAUUUGGUACCGUUUGAGGAUGUGCAGCGAUUAAUGCAGUACUACUAUCACUACGACGUCGAGGUAGAGAGUGCCUUCGAUUAUGUGUCCACCGAGGACUACACCCAGAUCCGGCUCGAUAUAGUGAAUCUUGGUGAGGUGCGCAGCUUUCGCCGAUAUCUGGACAGUAUCGGGUUCAGCGUGGAAAAGGUGUGGACCGAGUUAAACAAGCGCUUCGAUGCGGAUGACAUCUUUGCCGAGCCAGACGAGAGCGUCAGGAUGUUAAAUCUCACCACUCGAGGAUUGAAUGGAUUAGUCGAUGACAUAUUGGCGCUGUUGCCGCAGGACGAAAUAAUCCUGCUUUUCUUCGACAAGCUGGAAACGAGCAAUGACUUUUCCUUCUUCUUCGAGCAGAUCGGUAGCGGAGAGUUUGAGAACGUACUCAACAUGCUGCAGUCUUCGCAGCAGCUGCGGAUACUACUCUGGAGACUACAGCGUCACGGAUUCGAUAUUCCCGGAUGGAUACAGCUCGUGCAGAAGUAUUUCAGUUUCAGUAGUUUCUAAUUCUUCGUCAUCCAUUUUCCUAAGGGAACAGUUCUUCGUUUUUUUAUCUUUGGUUUCAAUACAAAACAGUAAUUGAACGCUACUGAACAUGAAUUCCGUGAUCUAUUCCGUUUGUGUUCAGCAUAAAAAUGUCUUCCAUUUUAGUAUUUUGUAUGAUUUGAUACGGUGUGUUAUUAAUAAAAUGGUGUGUAAAAGUGUGUAAACCACGAUAUUAGUGUAAAUACUAUAAAGUGAAGUAAAUUGUCUAGCGAUUUAAGAAUUCUCUAUCUAGUUGCAAUGUAUGCACGCGAUUUAAAAUAGAAAUGAUUUUAACCAAA